GGGAAUAGAGAAGAGCGAGAGGAGAGAGGUUAACUAGAGGAGGUCCAGGCAGCAGCUAGAGGAGCUGGCUCUGGCUCUGGCUCUGGCCCUGGCCCUGGCCUCGUCCUCUUGCCUCGCUGCCUUCUUUUGCUGCAGGUGCUCGCCCUCGCUCUCGCUCUCCUCCUCCUCUAGCUCCUUUCCUUUCCUUUCCUUUCCUCUCAUCUCGCAGCGCAGCGAGAUUAAUCGGUCCAUCCAUCCUCCAUCCAGAUAUUUUACUCCUCCACCAAAAUACUCCCACCGAUCCUCGUUCCCCAGCGUACUGUCUCUCGAUCUGCCUCGUCGCGGAUUGGGGUUGAUUUCUGACCAUCUGCAAGCAGGCGAAUUGCCGGUGCUUGCGUUGCGGAUUUUGUGGUGGCUUUGGGAAGGAGGUGUCUUUCAAUUUUCUUCCCUCUUUCGUGGUUGUUUUCUCCUUCUUUCCCGAGAGAGAAAGGGAGAGGGAGAGAGGGAGAGAAGGAGAGGGACGUAGAGAGAGAGAGAGAGAGAGAGAGGGAGGGAGGGAGAGAGAGAGAGAGACACGGAGGGAGAGGGAGUGUGCGUCUAGACGUCUGUCUUCCCGAGGCUGGCCUCGACUUGUGUGUGUGUGCAUGCGUCUGUCUGCUCGUAGACGAGAGGAGGGAAGGGAAGGGAAGCGUGGGGAGGGAGGAAGGACAGCAGUGUGGUGUCUAUAGAUUUUGGUAUUAGGUCGCUAGGGUAAGGUGAAGGGGACAUGCGAGCAAGGAGGGGUUUAGAGUGAGAGAGCGGGAAGGUAAAGAGGCGCAAAUGGAAGAGGGCAAGCAUGGGCACGAGAGAAAGUCGUAAUGACAGGUGCUGUGGGAACUGACGAGGUGAAGCCGAACAACGCUAGAGGAUUAAGACAGAAUUUUGAGUCGGACGCGAAAUUGUUGCGAGGUUGUUGCGUUCAAGCAGCCAUGGUCUGGAAUCUGGGAGCUUAGUCGCUCAGUAGUGUAUCUCUCUAUAUUACACGUGAUCAUGUGAAAUGUCUGCAGCCGGCGACGAUCUGAUUCUAUGAUAUGCAGAGCAGAGUAGAGGUAAACUAGUCACAGGUGUGUGGAAACCCAUUUGCGGCAAGAGCUGUCUUCGUAGUGUUUGCACUGAGCUUCAAGAGUGAUGCUGUAGUUUAGGCGGUAGGUUGUUGGUGCACGGGGAGGCAACGAGCAGGGGACGAACUGGUUGUCUUUCAUAGAAACCUGCGGAAUCGCAUUCAGGGCAGGCUGGCAAGGCUGGCGGGCGUCUGAUGGCGGAUCCGCCGGUUGGCUCAUUCACUCCUGUUCUGAGCUCGCAUGAGUCCCAGAGGAAUCAGCUAGAGACGCAUUACAGCGAGUGUGCAAGAAGGUUCGAGCAGAAGAGGAUAGAAUACAGAGAAACUGUGGAGGGGAAAGCAUGCUGAGUGUGCUGCGAGUGCAUCUGCCAUCGGACAUCCCGAUUGCGGGCUGCGAGCUGUCGCCUUACGUGCUGCUCCGCCGCCCUGAUAGCAGCGUCACAACAGAUGACAUUCCGGAUCAAGCCCCCGUUGAUGGCUUUUAUCUUCGCUGUCGAUGGUAUCGCAUCCAAAGUGAUAAGAGGGUGGCCGUAUGCAGUGUCCACCCUUCAGAACCUGCAACAUUGCAGUGCUUGGGAUGUGUCAAGGCAAAGCUAGCGGUGAGCAAGAGUUAUCAUUGCUCACCAAAAUGUUUUGCCGAUUCAUGGCGACAUCAUCGGACCAUGCAUCAGCGGGCAAUAGCAGCUGCUCGUGAGAAUGGCACUGAGGAGGAUGAGUUGUACGGCAGACUCAACCAUACGUCCGCUGCCGUUCUUGGAACCGGUGGAUCAAUUGGUUCCAUUCACGGCAGCGCAGGAGUCGUGUCGCUAUCCCACGCAUUGAGCAAUGGCACAUCUUAUGCUAGUCCAGCACGGAUAGGGGACCCUAGUGGCGGUGGUGGGGAGACAUGGUACGAAGUUGGACGGGGUAAAACGUACACUCCUACAGUAGAUGAUGUGGGACACGUUUUGAAAUUCGAAUGUGUAGCCGUGGAUGCAAGCACCGGGAUGGGUGUUGCUCCCGCCAGCACUGUGCUGACCUCACGGGUCAUACCAGCUCCGUCACCAACACCACGUCGGCUGAUUUCUGCAAACUCUGUUGAUGGGGCAGCAGUUGACAUAGAGAACCGUACGACGGCGGCGGGUACUUUUACAGUGUUGUCAUAUAACGUGUUGGCAGAUUUGUAUGCCAAGAGUGACAUGUACAGCUAUUGCCCUCCCUGGGCACUUUCUUGGGCAUAUCGCAGGCAGAAUCUGCUACGGGAGGUGAUUGGUUAUCGAGCUGACAUUCUCUGCCUGCAAGAGGUGCAAAGUGAUCACUUCGAGGAGUUUUUUGCCCCUGAAUUGGAAAAGCAUGGUUACGCUGCUGUAUAUAAGAAGAAGACCGCUGAGGUUUACACGGGUACUGCCUACGCAAUCGAUGGAUGUGCAACUUUCUUCAGGCGCGAUCGAUUCUCACUAGUAAAGAAAUACGAGGUGGAGUUCAACAAAGCUGCGCAAUCCUUAACUGAGGCCCUUGUACCCACGACUAAGAAGGCAGCCCUCAGUCGCCUACUGAAGGACAAUGUGGCUCUCAUAGUGGUCCUGGAAGCGCGUGAGAAUGUCCAUGGUGGAGAUUCGCCUUCCUCAACGAAGCGACAGCUGCUUUGCGUGGCUAACACUCAUAUACACGCCAACCCAGAGCUUAAGGACGUGAAGCUUUGGCAGGUGCACACGCUUCUCAAAGGAUUGGAAAAAAUUGCAGCUAGUGCUGACAUUCCGAUGUUGGUCGCUGGCGACUUCAACUCAGUACCGGGAAGUGCGCCCCAUGCAUUGCUUGCAUCGGGUAGGGUAGAGGCAAGUCAUCCAGAAUUGGCAACAGACCCUCUUGGGAUUUUGCGUCCUUUCAGCAAAUUGUGUCAUCAAUUGCCUUUGGUGAGCGCUUAUUCCGCAUUCGCUAGAAUGGGUGGUGCUGAGCGGCAGCGGCGGCGAAUAGAUACCGGGAGCAAUGAACCUCUUUUUACGAACUGCACCCGCGAUUUUCUGGGCACUCUUGAUUACAUCUUUUACACUGCGGAUUCAUUGGCGGUGGAGUCGUUGCUCGAGCUACUAGACGAGGAAAGUCUGCGAAAGGACACUGCACUUCCCUCGCCUGAAUGGUCUUCAGACCACAUAGCCUUACUCGCGGAGUUCCGAUAUCAGUGAUAUUUCUGGCGUCUUUUGAUGGAAGAUGCAGCCGUGUUGUCCGAACUGAAUGGAAGAUCUUAUCAAUCAUUCUUCCACAUGAGAUCUCAUGAGGUGUGGACUACAGAAGGCGUUUUGAUAUUUUCCUCUUGAGCAAGAUCAAGUCUAGAAUUUGAGGAGAACUUUCAGAAGCUUCUUGACAUGUGAUUCCCACUUGUAAGCACAGCACAGCUGAUGGUUCUCAUAAUGAGUUCGAUUUCACAAGAGAUCUCUCAGUCAUGGAUAUAAGUCCCUUGCCUGUUAUCUUGAUAGUUGAUAAAAGAGGUUUGAUGGAGAGGAUAUUAUUCAGAUGGGCAGUGGACAGUGAUUGAGGUUUUAGAGGUGAAAUAUUUUUUCAAGUUUGGUACAUAGGUGGAUAUAAGCCUUGACCUGAAGCAAGCAAGUAUGCAGGGUUUGUUUACAUGGAGGAUGCAAAUAGUUUCUCCAUGCAGAAAGCAGCAGCUUAGAUGAGAUGUACACUCCAAUUUUUACAGUCAGUAGUUUUGUGUCAGAUUUCAAUAAAGCCCUGUGAUCUCUCGUUGUAGACGAUAGGAGCUGCGUUUGAGGAUGAGGAUGUCCGUACCACUCUUGUCUCAACUUGUGGAUCAGUGUUCAUAUUUUUGACAGUCAUACCCAGAUGCUGACGGUAGUUGUGUACUCGACUGCACCGUGAUUUGCUUUCUCGUAUCUAUCCGACUGCAGAUACCAGAUGUAGUUGUGGGACUGCAGUUUUACAUGUUGGGCUUUUGUGGAAUGAACUUGUUGAGGGUUUGAAGCAGCAGGAAUACCAACGUCGAUGCCGUCGACCAGUAGUAGUAAUAGUGGACUGUCAUAUGUUAAUGUGGGCGAAGGCUUGUAUGUGUUGAAUUGCAAGCUUGGUAUCUAGCAUCAGGUGCUUGCUGUAUCUGACAGUAUGAUAAAAGCUCUUGCUGUUGCCCAUGUGUUUAUUCGUGUAGAUGUUAAAAGCGGAAGCUGAUGAUAGCGGUGUGUCUUUUCUGACAGUUGUGGUGUUGUUUACCUCAAGGGCUUUAUAAUGAUGGAUUCUCAUGCGCACAGGAUUGUCACACUGGGAAGUGUAAUGGCACUUGUUGGCUAAAGAGUAGACAGUGUUUCUUACACUCAAACCACCGCCAAAGAUGUGAAGGUAUUGUGUAAUCUUUCUAGAGCGUCGUGGACUCGUGAAUAGUUCGAAUCUUGGUCAAUAGAUUCGUGAAGUUCAUGUCAGCAGAUUUUCCUUUUACAGUGUUUUCUUCAGGGAUGAAUGGGUGUGUUGUUUGAUUUUAUUCGAUGGUCAUAUGUUUCAGCUUGGUGGGACAUUGAUUUGACAAUUAAAGUGCGGCAUCGUAGUGAUGGUCGGCUUCGUUUGUCGGACGUUGAGUUCAACUAAGGAGUCGGUGGGAGAACUCAGUUGUGAAGAAUCUGUUGCCUUUAGAUUGAACUGAGUUAUUUUUUGAUCGUCAACACCUUAAUCAGUUUGGGUUACCAUAACCAGAAGCUGGUUGUUCUUGCCAGUUCUAGACUCGAAUCAAGAAUGAAAUUGAUCUUGUACAUCACAUAUUUGGAUGAUGAAUAUAUGAAGGCACGCAUUGUCCACAGACCAUGCAUGAACUAAGGGAGUCUGGUCUGAUCACAGUCAACGCAUGAACUAAGGGCGUCUGGUCUGAUCACAGUCAAUCAAGGCAAAUGCCGCGUCAUGAGAUUCGCAGCAUGAGACUUAUUUUGGAACAGAUUCGUGCUACCGAGUACACUAAUAAUGGAAUAAACAAGUCAUUUAAACGUUAACGUAUACAACUGUACGUUGAUGUUAACAAAUUUGAAUGUACGGGGUAGAUAUUUUGAUAAUGAUCAAAGUCGGCAUUGGGCGAAUGAUUGUUCGUGCAUCGACUAGCAGAAAAAGGUUGGCGAGGCAAAAGCCAACAAUACGUUGGAAAGCUUAAGAGGGAGUUGAGAACGGCAGGGGCAGAUUAUGGUGUUCUGGACUUGAGAACUGCGAAUUGGAUUGUGAAAGGAAAGUGCACUCAAGGGGAGGGUAUGUCGGGUAACGGAGAACAUGAUAGUAUAAUUCUCCGCUACUCAAACAGGCAGC